AUGAAAUAGAAUCCUUCAUAGAGAAGCUUAGGAUUGUAGUAAUCGUUUAAUGAGGGAUAAGAAGACAAUUUUGAAUAUAAAAGCUUCUAGGAUAAAAACGAUUUUUUCGAUGACACUUCUAACAUCUAACUUAAAUCAUAAAAUUAGUUAAAAAGCGCCUAGAAUUAAAGCGAAAAUAGGUCUAUAUAAAAUGGAAAUAAUGUAAGCACUAGAGGAAACACGAAUAAGCUUUUAUGCGAUAACAUAAUCAUUUCGUUUGAUCAUGUUUUAUCUGAUAUUGGUAUUGGACCAUAUCAAUAUUUAUUUUAUGCUGUUAUGGCAACAUUAGGCUUGACUGAAGGAGCAUAAGUUUCAGUAUUUACUAUUAUGAUUCCUUUACUUAAAAAUGAAUGGGAUGUGUAAGAUGAUGCUAACUCCCUACAAGUAUGCUUAGUGUUUUUAGGGUUUUUGGUUGGUAGCGUUUUAAGUGGGCAAUUCGCUGACAGAUAUGGCAGAAAGAAACCAUUUAUUUAUAGUAGCUUGUUAACAGUUGUAUUUACUAUGCUACAGGCUAUUACAACUAACAUAAUUUAAAUGACUAUUCUUAGAUUCCUUUGUGCAAUACUAGUUGGAUUCUUUGGACCUUUAGGUGUUACAUUGUUAGCAGAAGUAACUCCUUUGGCAGUUAGAGGAAGAUUCAUGAGUUUAAUUACAGUUAGCUUUUCACUUGGUUAGUUAUAUGGAUAAUUCAUUGGGUAUUUUACUUUAGAAAGUUUGGAUAAGGGUAAUUGGAGGGCAUUAAUUGUUUGGACAGGACUACCAGGAUUAUUAGCAUGGAUAAUAGGUUAUUUAUAUUUAGAUGAAAGUGCAAGAUUUGAUAUUAUUGAUGGAAGGUUUGAAGAAGCAUUUAAAAUAAUAAAUAAAAUGAAUCGCAUGAAUGGAAAUAGAUUGAAUACAAUUGAAAUUAGUGAAUCAACGAAAAAUCACCUUAAAACAUGGUCUAGAGAAGUCAACAAAAGUCUUCAUUAAUAAAAAGGAAGUCUUGCUUCACUAUUUAAAGGUGAUGGAAAAUUGAUUACUCCCCUUGUUUGGUUUAAUUGGUUUACUCUCAGUUUUAUGUAUUACGGAAUUUUAGUGCUUAUGCCUAAAAUGAUGGAUGAAAUUAUGAAAUUAACACAUAAACAAAAAGAUCCCAAUGAUGCAAAUGAUAUGGUUAAAUUAGCUUUGAGUACUUUUACAGAAAUGAUCUCAGCUAGUAUAGCUUCCUUUUUAAUUGAAAUAAAAGGAUUAGGCAGAAAAAAUUCGAUGAUUAUUUGCUAUAUACUAUAAGCAAUUGCUUGUCUUAUGGUCUAUGUUGAUGGAAUGGAUCAUUUCGUUUUGUGGGCUUCUGUUUGCAAAUUCUUUUUAACAAUGACCUUUAUUUUUUCCUAUUAAUUUACAGCAGAAGUUUAUUCAACCAAAAUUCGCACAACAGGAGUUGGAAUGGCUAAUGGAAUAGGUAGAAGUGGAGGAAGUGUAAUGCCUUGGAUUAGCUUUUAUUUAUAAAGAAUAAAUCUUUUUGCUCCCUUUUUACUAUUUAGUUGCUUAAGUUUACUAACUGCUUUAGUUGAUUUUAUUCUACCUUACGAUACACUAGGUAGAGAAUUAGAUAUUGCAGAAGAUGAAGACGAAUAAUGA